CUCGUAUAAUGGAUUGAGGUUCUGUGACUACAUGGGCACCUUAUCAUCCAUAUUACCUCUCAAUGAUGCUGGGCGCAUUUUGACUCGGUUUUUCUGCUGCCCCUCCUCCACCGGCGGCGAAUAUUCUUUAGUAGCCGAACUCAGACUAGCUCCAUCAGUGACAUAUGCCAAGGCUAGUGGACCCUGAACCCGGUACACCAGAUUGCUUACAGCACCCCAGUAAAUAAACAUCCAUAGCUUACAACGUCCAUCCAUCCAUCCAUCCACCCAUCCGAGCAUCAUUCAUGCAACCCGUUCGAUGAUGCCCCCGUCGGAAAGGGCUGGCCCUCAUGACGACCAAAAUGACAGCGGCAAUGGCAAUAAACGCGAGGAAGUCCAGUCUCCCCAUCGCCUCCUCGAAUGCGCCCAAGUCAUCAGGCACCAUCAAUUCCUGCGAUUGGUCCGCCAUUUCCUUGUACAGAUCCUACAUGGGUGCACCGAAACCUACUGCACAACUCCCACCUGUCUUUCAUCCAGCAAGCGCCAGACUUCGAGACCUUUCCGAGCCCCUACCCAGCUCACUGCUCGUGCCUUGGCCUACUACCUCGCCAGCCAGGACAACCCUCACCGUGCCUUGUGCCCGCAUCCUUUGAACUCGGAUCCAGACGAUAUGGUGCUUGACGAUGGGUCUGAAGGUAUACUCACGUGGCGGGCACAUCAACAGAUAUCCUCUCCCCUUAAAGCUACUUGGUCCCAAGUCGAUGCUCAUCAUCUCGAUGAACGCGUAUUACGCUUGAGAGACGAUAUUUACCAGCGUCGUCAGUACAAAAAAGACUACAAGUCUCUCGGUCAGAACAUAUAUGAUACCAUCGCCGUCAUCUCCUCCUACUCCAAGCACAUGCCCAGCCCUCGCACUCUCUUCGAUAUCAUACGCUCACCUGAAGUUAUCCCUCCAUCUCCACUUGAUGGCUCGUUAGAAACGUCACACGCCCCAAAGAAAGAUCGGGGCACCCCUCCGGCUAAUGCCCCUUCGCGCCAAUCUUCGCAAUAUGCGUCUUCAAUACCUACUCGAGAAGACCGACCUAUCGAGUCCUCGCGCUCUUCCUCAGAACGUUCAUCUCGACUACAUGUAUUUUCGCAUCUGACUUGCAGCCUUCUCACCAAGAUGAAAGAAGAGAACUAUGACCACCGAGAUGAUCAUGAGGCAGAUUCCCCUUCUACAUAUAUCGUGGACUUUGAAUCGCAUCGUCGUCAUCGCCCUGUCAGACCUUUCGUUAACAGAUCACUGUUUUUUACUCUCAGCGAUCCUGAAAGCUUGCUCAAAUCUUUCCGAGAUGGUAGUAGUUCAGACUACCACGACUCUCCGCUUCCUCAUCUCGAUGCUUACCUUCUCUCAAACGCUUUCAGUGAUUGGGAUCGGCGAAACGGAGCUCUCAUCUUUGACAGUCUAUAUAUAGCGUUGGACGCUCUGUUUCGCCCCCCGCCAGAGAUAGACACCCAAAAGAGCCCACGUCUUAGACCUGCUAGUAAAAUGGCAAAUCCAGACCGGGCUGACAGUAUUGUGUCAUCCGCAUCGUCCAGAUACCUGUCAAAUGAAGAAGCUGCACACAUUGUCAUGAUAUGCAUACAUGCUCUGACUGCCCUUGUAUACAAAGGUUGGCCCGCAACUUGGGCAGAAGUGCGUGUCUUUCGAGGCUGGGGAGUUGUCAUACCAGGCUCUUCGCCAGAGACAGAUCACACCGAGAGCUUCAACCGCCCAUGGCUCCGAAUUGUGGACGAACUGGAAUAUGAGCCUGCUAUUCGUUUAGCCAACCGUCUACUCAGUGGCAUUGGAAUUCGGAUGUGCUUUGAGCAUAUUCUUACAAGUCUAGAUCAUCACGAAGACCCCGAUACCAGCGCUGGACCAAGUCUGCGCGUGGAUGGUCUGUUAGAGAUCCUGGUGAAACAUCUUAUUGUUGUUGAGCGCGUAGCACUCGCUAAAAAAGCAAGGCUGAAGGUAGACGCACCCCCAGAAGAAGAUCCAGGGUGGACGGUCACUUCAACAUGGAUGGAAUGGUUGAGAACGAUCAUCGUGAAGAAAUUUGAUGGCAACGCUGAGGUCAACAAGUGGGGGAGUACUGGAGCAGCUUUGCUUGUUCUUGAAAAAUUAUAUGCCGAAUCAAGCGCCCUUAAUCUGCGCAAGAACAUGUUUCAUAUACCAUACCUCAAUAAACGAAUGAAUGCUGCCGAAGUGCCAAACAAGUUUCUGAGCUGGGAGGACCAGCCAAACACGCUCCAUCUUCUGCGGCUUCCGUUCUUGUUCAAAGAUAACUACAUUGUUGCAUAUUUCCGAACCAUAAACUUUACUAUAAUGUCCAACCAGUUUCUACAAGCAACGCGGUCCACGGAGUUGCGAAACCGCUUUGAUUCCUUCAUAAGCGCUGCACGGAUGCAACAAGUCGAUGAAUUGCUGCAGGUCACUGCGGACGAAGUCUUGCAAUUAAAAGUCACUCGCGAAAACCAGUUGGAGCAGACCCUGGAUCAGCUUUGGGGCCAGGAAAAACGUAUGCUGCUCAAACCUCUCAAAGUGCGGCUCGGCACAUCGGAAGGUGAAUACGGCCUUGAUCAAGGUGGUGUAACAUAUGAAUUCUUCCGCCUCGUCCUCAAGGAGGCCUUCCAGCCCCAGACCGGAAUGUUCCUAGUUGAUGACCAAACCGGCAUGAUAUGGUUUCAUCCAGCGACGUUUGAACCGACGUGGAAAUAUCAAAUGCUCGGUGUAAUUUUCUCUCUUGCUGUAUACAAUGGCAUCACUCUUCCUGUUACGUUUCCACUCGCAUUGUAUACGAGUCUUCUUCAGCCAGAUCUUUCCCGCAUGAAUAUUGACGACUGUGCCACGGAUUUCAUUCGUGAUGGUUGGCCUACCCUCGCAAAAUCAUUCGACGACAUGUUAGCCUUUGAUGGCGAUGUAUCAGAAACAUACAUGCGGGAUUACACAUUCAGCUAUGAAGCGUACGGACGACACGUUGACAUCGACAUGCAAACUGCAUGCUCGGUCGAACCGACCGCGUCGAACACGCCACUCGUCACCAACGCCAACCGGCACCAGUUCGUCAAAGACUAUAUAACCUGGCUCACCAGAACCUCCAUUAAACCACAACUCGACGCAUUUCGCGAAGGCUUCCGGACUUGUCUGCAUCCGGCUUCCCUCCGCCUUUUCAACCCCGAAUCCCUUCGCUCCCUCGUCGAAGGCAAUCCUGUCAUUUCCGUCCAGCUUCUGCGAAAACACACGCGUUACGAAGGUUACUCGGACACCGACCCUAUCAUGCUGGACUUCUGGUCCGUCGUUGAGACAUAUAGCCAAAAAGAACUCCGACAUCUUUUGGAAUUCGUCACCUCCAGCGAACGCGUGCCCAUUACGGGUUAUGAGAGCAUGAAUUUCACCAUUGCGCACGCCGGCGGGGAUACAGAGCUCCUGCCGACCAGCAGUACUUGUUUCCGGAAACUUUCGUUGCCGGCGUAUAGCGGUCGGGAGCGGAUGAGGGAGAAAUUGCGGAUUGCAUUGGCGCAUUCGGAGGGGUUUGGUGUUGUUUAA